UCAGCAGACUGAGACUCACACACAAAACGAGAAACAGCCAGAGAGAAAAGAGACAGCAGAGUUGAGACAGAAGCACUCACAUCGAGGAGUGAAGAACACAGGCUGAUUAGAGCUGAUCGAGAGCAGUUAUUUCUUUGAGAUUGGUAAUUGUUGUUGUGCCUGGACCUGGAGGUUUGAGGAGUGUUUGUUUGACUUUGGAUGAACUCUUUUUUUGUUGCUCCUGAGACAGAGACUUCUCUUCAAACAGGACAAAGCACCAAAAACAGCAAGGACAGACAAGUUUGAGACGUUCACAGGCAAUCAGCUGUCAUCUUCCAGCUGCGUCCACAAUUGGUGUUGCAUUUGAUUUGAACUACAUUUAUUUUUAUACUAAUUUGGGCUUCUGGUCUACCAAUGGCUGCUGUGCGUCAGAUGGUUAUGGAGGCCUCUGGCUUCCACGUCCUGCCAGCCCACCUUAUGGCCUCAGCCAUGGAGGAGUUCCCCCAGCAGCUGCCUGUCCCCAAGUGCCCAGCAAGAGGCAAGAGCCGCUCCCGCCGACCUCGUGAGGCUCGCUUCAAAACACAGCCUGUCACAUUUGCUGAGAUCGCAGAAGUAGAAGAGGAGGGUUCCUCGCCACUGGAGGAGGAGAGGGCACGCCGCUCCUUCCUGCAGUCCCUGGAGAACCUGCGGAGGAGCACACAGACCCUCCACUGUCCACCGGCUGCCCAUCACAGCUGCACCCCCACACCCACACAGGCCAGCCUGGACUCAAGUGACUCCGACUCCACUCAGUGAGAGGUGGGACGUGCCCAUCUCCUGGCAACCAUGUUCCUCGCUUCGCCUUGACGCCGCUUCAAAUGGAGGCCAACUGAACUGAACCAAACUGGCCUGUCUGCCAGCCUGCCUGUGUGUGUAAGCUGCUGCUGCCUGCAUUUAAUCUAUACUAACAUAUCAACAUACAGUGUAUAGCUUGAAGAUGCACAUCUGUAAAGAUCUCCACCAGUGCCACAGGCUGGUUAUACUGCUGUAUAGAUAUGACGAGUGUGAGAGUAGCAGAUGAUGCUGUGUUGAACACACCACUCUUCAAAUGUAUUCCUUUUCUACUGUAGAUGUCUAUGAGGAAAACUUGAAUGAUGAAAGUUGGUUGAUAUUUUUCCAUUUUAAAGUUGUAUAGGUAUUUUUGUUUCAAUCCAGAUUUUUCUACUUCACCAGUCACCAUACAAAGGACUGUUAAGUUAGAAUUGUGAUUUACCACACUGUAAAUACUUUGACUAAGCAAUGUACGGAGUGCCGGCAGUGACCCGGCCGUCACUGCAGCGGCGGAGUACCAUUACAAAGCUUUGUCAGGACUUGAGAUCUUGUUUUCCAGCUUCACAGUGAAUGAAAUCUCUGCUGUUGCUUCAAUUCCUGAGCGAAAGAAAAUGCCUUUCUAAAUGUCCUUAUUUAUUCUAUAUUUUGUUCAUAACCAAGUGGAGUUGUAGAUGUGAUAUUUUAUUGCUCUUUCUGACUUCUAAAGUCACCUUGACUUUCAAAGAAAAUCAUAACCUUUAUACUUUAUAUUUGUUUUACUUUAUACAUAUAUGUUACGAUGUUUGUUAUAUGUACUUUAAUAAAUAUUUUCAAGUA